GUCUCGACCGAAAGGUGCAGCUCUCAGACUCGUCCGCUCUAAAGCACGGAGGAGAGUGCCCAGCAGAAAGCAACACGCGCAAUCAAAAGAAGGGCCUCCUCCUCUACGUCCCCGCACAAAAACAGAUAAAAGCAAAGUGGCCACGAAAUCGGAAGUCCCGGGACAAUCGGGGGUUCUUGUGUCACGAUAUGGAAGCCCCCGCCUAAACUCCGGCCCGGGAAACACUGGGAUCGACCCGUUUAAUACUUUACGGAUAGGUGAAGAUGGGAAAUCACAGUACUUAAUCAGUCAAUGUAAGCUAUCGGUGGUAUUUCCCUUCUCGACUUCGGCUAUGAAUGAUCUUGAGAACGCUUUAAGCCGCUCGCUCUCCCUUACUAAUAACUGGUAGAUUACAGUCUUUUCUACCCUACCGAAUGUGCUUACUCACCUAUCAGACCCUUUAUGGGAAAGGAGGAGGCUCUCCAAACCUCACUAUCCAACCCAGCUCUCUUACAUGCGUCUCUAGCACAUGUAGCUAAAACGCUGAGUUCGGUAGUACGCGUCGAGAUGAAUCCCAAUAUAAUCUACCACAUCGGCAAAGCAAUUGCGAUUGUGAACAAAAGAAUCGCAAAUUCUCAUGAAAAUCCCGUGUCAAUCGACACGAUAGGUGCGGUUACUACUAUAACGGCUUUUGAGCUGAGAGCUGGUGCCCUCGAGAGUUUUAAAAUUCACCUCGAUGGCGUAGAGGCUUUGGUCAAGAGUGUAGGUGGUCUGCAAGCCCUAGUUGGCGUUCCUUUUAUUUUGAAGUACACUACCUGGGUUGACAUCGUUGGCGCCAUCGCCUUGGGCUCGAAACCACGCUUCGAACUCCUAAACCCAGGACGUCUGCCACUUCAUCCCGGACUUGAAUUUCUAGAACCCUGCAGCCUCUUAGGCGCACGCUAUAAAGCGAGGUUAUCGAACCUCACGGGCUUGCCAGAUCUCAGCCAUGAGAUGAUAGAAGUCUACCGUAUCCUGCAACACCUUAUAUCAAAGAGAGAAAGAUUUGCAGGCUCGCAGAAAAUGGAGAUUUCAGAAAUGGAGUUUCAAUCAUUACAAUCGUACUGUACUCAACUCAUGUACCGUCUCAUUGCCCUCAUCCAAUACGAGAUUCCCCAUCCACUGAACCGGAACGCUGUGGUGUUCAGAUUGUUUGGGAACGCGGCGGUGGCACACAUUUUGAUGUUCACGUAUAACUUACCUCCGCGGUCAGGCACACACGUAUUAAUGUCGACGCAAAUAAGAGCAAGUUUGGAGUUCAUUGAUGUACGAGAAUUUCAGCUAGCAUAUCCCGAGAUGAUGCUUUGGAUAAUUAUGAUCGGUGGGUUGGGGAGUCUUGGCACGGAAGAUCAAGAGUGGUUUAUUCAGCUUCUUGCACAGUCAUGUCACGGAGCUGGAAUAGACGGGACGGCUGAGCUUGCUCUUUCAUUGACGGAGUUUCUGUGGAGUGGGUUUUAUCUGGGGCCUAUCUUUGACGAGUUCUGGGAUGAUGUUGCUGUUGCACGGGCGGUUAUGGAAGCUGGGAAGAAGGUUGGUUGACGUUAAGGAACUUGAUCAACGGUUCGUAGCGUGAUGCCCAGUUUAUCUUGUUUGGGCAAUUGUGAAACAAUGCAUCAUGGCUUAUCUCUAAUCAUUAGGUCUUCAUAAUUCGAGAUUUGCCAUUUCGGGUAAGGCGCGUGUUGAGAUUUACCCUUUUCGGGUUCAUUGC